GAUGGAAAUUUCCACUCAGUCUCCUUGCUUGUUAAAUGGGAAGGGUCUCGAACUCUUGUCUCCACACGUCCGCCUCCUCCUCCGCCUGCUACAGCUGUCCGCCACACUGAAACACUAUUAGGUUUUUUCUAACGGCAUCUAGCAGAAGAAGUUGAGGAAGAAGCACAGCACCGCCCUGUGAUCUGUAAAAACUGAAAUACCGAAAGCCGAACUACUCUGACUCUCGCCCUGCUGUGCACCACUAUGCCGGGAGCUGUGGACCGUAUGGAGCUAAGGAAAGUCUCCACAGAGGGGGAUGAUGACAGCACGGACAGCCUGACCGAUGACCGCUACACGGAGCCUAUUGACUCUGAGAAGGCUACCAUCGACAGCCAGUUUAUGGAUGACAAUGAUGACGCAGAAAGCCAGAAGUUCCUGUCAAAUGGAAUAAUGAAGAAGAAGAAAUAUGAGGAAUAUCAUGAAGAAUAUCAUCCUGGUCACACCUCCUUUGGGAUGUCUGUUUUCAACUUGAGCAACGCCAUCAUGGGCAGCGGCAUCCUAGGCCUGUCAUUCGCCAUGGCAAACACUGGCAUCGUGCUCUUUACAGUCCUCCUCGUUGGUGUGGCCAUCCUCUCCUUAUACUCUGUACAUCUGCUUCUUAUGACAGCUAAAGAAGGAGGAUCCCUCAUCUAUGAGAAGCUUGGAGAGAGAGCAUUUGGUUGGCCUGGGAAAAUGGCAGCAUUUGGAUCCAUUAUUAUGCAGAAUAUUGGAGCCAUGUCCAGCUACCUCUUUAUUGUCAAGUAUGAGCUGCCUGAAGUGAUCCGAGCCUUCUUGGGUUUGGAGGAGAUCACUGGUGAAUGGUACCUGAACGGGAACUACCUGGUGGUCUUUGUGUCAAUCGGAAUCAUUCUGCCUUUGUCUCUCCUUAAAAAUCUGGGUUACCUUGGCUACACCAGCGGCUUUUCUCUGUCCUGCAUGGUCUUCUUCCUUGGUGUGGUGAUCUACAAGAAGACCCAGCUGCCCUGCCCUCUUCCUUUCUUUUACCACCACUCGUCCAACCUCAGCAUGAAUGCCUCAGUCAUGCCCGGGUUAUACCCGCCAAUAAACAGCUCAGCACACAUGGAUUUCUCCCGCGCCGACGUUUCCCCGGCGGUGCUCGGCAGCCACGACGCUCAUCACUCCACCGGCAUCCAUGUUGAGCCCCACCCCGACGAUGAGGAGAUGUGCACGCCCAAAUACUUUGUCUUCAACUCACAGACGGCUUACACUGUCCCCAUCCUGGCCUUCGCUUUUGUCUGCCACCCUGAGGUCCUGCCUAUCUACAGUGAAUUAAAAGAUCGCACCCGGAAAAAGAUGCAGAAUGUCUCCAACCUGUCCAUCCUCACUAUGCUCGUCAUGUACAUGCUGUCAGCACUGUUCGGCUACCUCACCUUUUAUGAUAACGUGGAGGCUGAGUUGCUCCACACCUUCACUAAGGUGUAUAAGUUUGACACCAUGUUGUUGCUGGUGCGUUUGGCUGUUCUCACUGCUGUCACUCUGACGGUCCCCAUCGUGCUGUUCCCUAUCCGCUCCUCCAUCACCACGCUGCUGUUCAGCGGACGAGAGUUCAGCUGGCUUCGCCACAUGCUGAUUGCCGCCGCCAUCUUGGCCUUCAACAACAUGUUGGUCAUCUUCGUCCCCACCAUCAGGGACAUCUUCGGCUUCAUUGGUUCCUCUGCAGCCACUAUGCUCAUCUUUAUCCUACCUGCUGCCUUUUACCUCCGCCUGGUAAAAUCUUUGCCGUUCCGCUCCCCGCAAAAGAUCGGGGCGACCAUCUUCCUAAUCGUGGGAAUCAUCUUCAUGAUUGGCAGCUUGACACUCAUUGUCCUCGACUGGAUCCACAACCCCCCCGGCUCCAGCGGAGGUCACUAAGUUCCCCCUUCCCUUCUUAGUGCAGCAGACCCCCUCCACCACCACCACCACCACCCCAUCCACUUCAGCUGGCCCAACAUCUGGGAAGAGGGUUAAUCAUUUGUUCUUUUCUUCAAAUCUCUAUCAUCAAUCAUAAAACCUUAACAUAUGAACAUUAAGUGCUGCACUGAGUUAAGACAUCUUCAGUUUCCCCCCAAAGAAUAUCACUGGAGGGAGAUUUUUUUGCUCGGUUACUUUUCUUCUUUUUGCUGUAAAGAUCUGGAUGUGGCACAACACAAACUAGAAUCGUCAAAAUCCGGAGAGGGAACUGGUUUAACAUGUCAUCAAGAGAACGGUCAUCCUCCACAUUAUUUCUAGCUCUGAAGAAACAAGAUCAAACUGUGCAGCCCUCACCUGAAGCAGAUCUGUGAACUGUGAUUUGCAGGGCUGGAAAGACGAUGCAGGUCUCCGAGUUCUCUGUGCACUUGAAGGAGACAUUUGGAGGUGGAGUUUUGUCGUUCUCCAUGAAACAAGGAGCACUUCUAGCAUUACGUUUCACUUUGUGUGUAGAGCUAACACACACGCACAUAUAGACACAUUAAAACAUCUACAUUUGUAUUUUCAUGCAACUAUCCAUGAAAAAUUCCUAAAAUUAACAAAGCAGUUGGCUCAUCUCAAACAACGGUUGAGACGGUUUGAACAAUCGGUCACUGAAUUCAAUCAUGUAGAACUUUUUUAUUAUUAUUUUGCUGCUCUGCUACAUGUUAACAAUCAGAAGCGUUGCCAAAGUCUACAUGCACAUACAGUUUAAGCUGAGCGGUCCAGAUUGGUUGAGCUUCCAAGUUUUAUGCUCUCAAGGAUUUUCAUCCUGGCUGUGUACACGAAGCAAAGAGAUGCUUUCAGUAUUACUGUUACACAGGGAUCUGAACAUGCAAGGUAUCAAUGUACAUCAUUUAAGUGUGUCUACUGAAAAAAGAGUGUUGUACACAUUGCCACAUACAGUCUUUUCCUUCAGGUUGUAUGAAGCGUUAAGUGAACGUUAAGUGAUCACUUCCAACAUGCAGUAUAUACACAGUAUAGACACUUGCUGGAAUAAUUUGUUAGGCACUUGAAAUAGGGCUAGAUAUCUAGGUAUAGAAAACAAUAGGUUUAUAUAUUUUUUAUAAGUAAUUGGCAAAACGAUUUUCAAUACAUAGUUUGAGAAAAUGCAAUUGGACAAUUCAAAAGUCAACCAAAAGAGCCAAAUAUGAAAGAGUUCAUUUCAUCAUAAUAUAUUAUCAACUUGUGCCAUACUAUCCUUAUCACUACAAAAAGAAUACACACUCUCCCAAGAUGUAAUUUUGGCAAGGCCUUAUUUUUAAUUUUUAACGUGAUUCUGUCCAAAUCAGCUAAAAAGAAUAGUUUGACAUUCUGGAGAAUACACUAAUUGGCUUUCUUGUAGAUGAGUAGAUUUAUACCACUCAUGUCUGUACACUAAAUGUAUAAGCUAAUGUUACAGGCAGCGGGCAAUUAGCUUGGCAUUGGGACUUGAAAAAUAGGAAAACAGCUAGCUAGCUCUCCAUGGAACUACAGCUUGAGGUUUUUACAUUUCAAACACACAAAUUAAAUUAAUGCAAAAUAAUGUUUGAAUUUCAAAGCAUUAGGAGGUGCUGACUGUUGAAUUUCACUUUUAACUGAGCCAGGCUACCUGUUUUCCUACACUUUUAGCCUUUGUACUAGCUAACCGUCUUUAGGUGCUAGCUUCAUCUUUAGCAUACAAACAUUAGAGUGGUAUUAAUCUGUGCAAUGAAUUCAAUUUUUUUAUCAUUACUCUUAAGAGUGUUGAUUUGGAAUAAGUUGGACAAUAAACAAAACAAUAUCACACACGUCAUGAGUUCUGUUACACAGAGGCUAACCUAAGUAUUGAUACUUACAUUAGCUCGUGGAGACGUGACCAAUUUGUCUUUUCAAAGUUAAGGAAAGAAAAAUCUUUUGAUCAGAUAACUUUCUUAAAUUCGGUGUGAUUUGUAUCUUAACGCAUGGGUUAGUUCAUCUGUUUUGUCGACAAGAAGGUUCAAUAUUAAUCUAUUUAGAUUUCUAAGUAGUGACAUAAUCUCGGUGUUC